AUGAUUACAUUGGUGAUCACCAUUCGAAGAAGAUCGGGAAGGGAUAAAGCUAUAUACAUUGAGGUUUUAUUCUUAGAUUUCAGUACUACUUUUUUAAAAUCAGAAAAAGAGGAUAAUCGUUGUGAAAUGAUGAUGAAAAGGAUUGAUUUUGAUGACAGAAUGACCGUAACAGAUAAUACACCAUCUAGAUUACAUUCGACAUGGAUUUCGCAAGAAUGUGAAAUACGAGCUGGUCCGAAAUAUAUUAUAAGGAAAUACAGUUUUUUUAAGAAUGAUACAUUUCUUUUAUUACAAUAUCAUUAUGAUGAAGAAUCAUGUAGUAUUGCAGCUUACACUGUUAUAGCACGUGGUUCUGUUAAAAUUUUAUCUCCUUCUAUCGCAAUUCCUGGUGCUGCAGAAACUAACGUACAAUUGGAUUCAGUUUAUUUAAUACCAUUUAACAGACAGAUAGCUCAUAAAUUUGGACGUAUAAUGAAUGCAAGUUGUGGUGGUAUUGAAACAAAGUGGCGUCCUUACCUGCCGCAACUCAUCUAUGAACGAUCCAUGGAUUCUCCGUUAAAUAUGAGCUUACAUAUGUAUGACUUGAAUUCUAAUUCUCUUCAAAGUCGUUUAUUAAGAUUGAGAAAACGAUACACGAUAGCUUGCCUGGAUUCCUUCGAGAUUGAUUUCACUGAACUUAAAUUGCUUCGAGUUGAAAUAAAACGAUCUAGUUUUAUCUCAAAGUUAUCAAGAAACACGAUCGACGGAAAUAAAAUGCGUGUAAGAAUUGAAUUAUUGCUAGGUGGGCCUGCUCGAAACAUUCAUUCUCAGAAAAUGCAACCAAAACCAAAUCGAUUGCAAUCUACAUCACUGUUACGCGUUGAUACGGCUAUUGACUGUCCGAUUUGUGGAAGUGUAUAUCGUGCUACCGAAUAUAGCCCGCCUUUGUUUCAUCAAACACCACCACUUCCAGCAGUAAUCGACGGUUUUUGGUUAAGUAUUAGAUGCGAAAGCGUCGAUGGAGGAUUUUGGUCUAGAAGAUUUUUUCGUAUUUAUUCCGACGAUAAUAGAUGGUUCGCACGUUGGAGUUAUUAUUCCGAUUCAAUGUGUUCGAAUUUUUUAUAUACGGUUACCGCAGCUGGAACUUAUGUUCUACGAGCUGUUCGACAAACGCGCGAUCAAAAUUUAAAUAUAUUCAACGACGAAAUUCGAUUAGAUAGAGUUCAAAAAAGGUUAGAGUUAAGUAUUUAUCCUCGCUUUUUACAAGAUACCAAAGAAUCGGUUAUAUCACGAUCAAAUCAGAAGCAGAAUAUGGAGAUUAAUCCACAAAAAUUUAUUGGUCGAAUAAUUCCUUUUGAAAUCCAAAAACAUAAUACGAUACCUUCUGGAACAACCGAAUUGGAAUUACAAAUUCUUGAAAGUCUUUUAACUCCUGUUGGUAAGAUAGUAUCAACAAGUUGCAAAUUAAAAACUAUGAGAGAAGUAAGAAAAAUUAGACGUAUAAGGAGAAACGAAGCAAGUUUAUGGUCAAAAAAUUGCAAACUUCGAACCGGAUUUAAAACUCCUACAAUUUUGAAAUUCAAAGCAAAAAUUGGUCUUGACUGGAAAGGAGAUUACACUUUACUUUUAGCUUCGUGGAAAGAUGAUCUUUGGGAAGCUCCUCUACAACAAUGUUACGAAUCAACUCUGGAAAAUCAUUUUCACAAAUCCUCGCAUUCAACACUUUUUCGACAAGAUAAUUGGUAUGAUCGAUUUAGUAGACGAAGACGAGAUUGGUUUCCUUCUUCGUUCGCCAUAUGCCUUUCAACAAGUUCCUCGUAUAUGUACAAUAUAAUUUUAUUUUUAUUAUUAUAUUGU